GCGAGAUCGCACAAAUCCCAACGCAAGUAUAAAAAAAAAAAGAAAAGAAUUAUUAUUACUUUCUAUUUAUAAACCUGCGGUGUCUAUCUGUCCGUGUCUGUGACUGACUGUUCUGCUAGUUAUCGAUAGGGAUGGGAUGGGUUUUUGCUGGUGUGUGGUAGGCUGGAUGCAUGUCGGUAUCUCCUUGGAAUGCUGGGAAUCGGCCUUAACGUGGGUUGGUUUGUUGACCGGGCGAUCGGGGGUGCAUGGUUGGGUGCUCGGGCGUGGGAAGGAAGAUCGGUUUUGUGAUAUACCCUCCCAUUCCUAUUUUUAUUAUUCUUCAUUUCAUAUCUUAUCCCUUUCACGCGGGAUAAUUUGUAUAGACAAACUUGUAUAGAUAUUAUUCUUCUUUGGAAAUAUUCCAGGAGAUA